GUAAUAUAAGAAUAAAUAAGAAAUCGGCACCAAUCGCUGUGGCGGACGAGUUAUUUUGAAAUUUAAAAAAAAAACACACAGUUGCUUUCAAUCGUUGGUAGAUACCGUGGUCACAGGAUUACUCUGCUGUUCGCGCCAUGUGAUGUUGAAAACUAUUCUUUCUCGCUAGAAAAGAGCCCUUUUCCCUUGUCCGUACAAUGUAAACGAAAGCACAAUACAGGUUAAUCCGAAUCGCGAAACCGUGCCGAAGCAGCAAAACAACACGCACCAAAAAAAAAAAACCCUCGACAGAACCAUCCUGUUUGUUUUUCCCCGCGAACGCUGUUUAUUAUGACGUUUCAAUUUUGACAACGACCAGCGAACGGCCCAAAGCAAGGAAAACGGUUCGCCCCAUGAAGCUAUGCAGCCUCCGAGCGCGAAUGCAAACCAAAGCCGAACGACAUCUUUGGGACGUAGUCUGCGUUUUCUGUUAGUUAACUAUUUCGUUUCAGUGCAUCGUUUAUCUGUUGUGCCGUUUGUGGGGAAGCUUUCGUUCCGUUUUCUUUCAUAACAGUGCGUCCUGUUAGCAAGGGGCCGGUUGGUUUUAUUCCCCCGCUCUGGAGCGACGAAGCGCACCAAAACCUGGUGGUAAAAAUAAUUAACUUGCCUCGUUUCGGGAAACGGAUCACCUAAGCUCGGCGUGCUGCUGCUGGCUGGCUGAUCGGGAAAGGGUGGUCUGUGAGACCAUCGGAGGGAAUGUUCCCCAACGCUUAUGAUUCAUCGCCGGAUGUCGACCACCGCCAGCCCAUUUGCUUUCAAUGACCUUAUGCGUUUGGCCAUAGUUUGUCCUGCUUAAAAGAAUGUACGCAUCCAGCAGCAGUAGCAGCAAUUGUUUCGCGGGAAUAGGCAACUUUAAGGAAUUGCGAUUCACAACACCAUCGGCCCAGAAUGGUUCACUUGCGGAGGAGCUCAACACGGCUGCCGGCAGCGCCACUGCGUCGUCAUUAACAACGCAUGUCGCGCUACAUUUCGCGUCCACCACCUCCUCCUCCUCCUCCUCCUCCACCACCACCACCACCACCUCUACCUCAUCCAAUCCUGAUGUGACGGCGGAUACUUUCAAGCAACCGGCGCACAUUUGCGCAACGAACGGGUCCACUAUGGUUCCGCUUGAGCAGUGCAAUGGUACACAGGAAGCUACGAGUGGGCCGUGCGAGCUUUCAAAGUCACCGGAGCAGUUCGAUAGCUGCACCCCGAACGCGAAGGACCAACCGGCGUCAGAUCCGGGCCCAUCGGCGAAGCUGGCAAAACCACCCCGAAAGGACAGCGUGCGCGGGUGUUCGGUUACGUUUCCGACCGAAGAGCUGCUUGGCUCGGUGACCACCUUCUACCCGUCCGGCGAUCUGGAGAAUGGGCAAACGUUGCGCACGAGCGCCCGGGUCAAGCACAAGAUGCGGAUGGACUCGAUACGCAGCAGUACACCGCCGCUGACCGAGCGCAAGGAAGCGGCCAAACCACCCACCUCCACCCUUUCGAAAGCGCCCAUCCAACCGAAACAGAUGCGCGUGGUCUGGAGCAACCAUGACAAAAAUCUGUUCUUCGAAGCGCUCAACGAGUACGGGAAAGAUUUCGAAGCGAUCCUCAACUAUCUGAACACGAAGAAGCGCCGGAAGGAUAACGCGGAGCAGCAGGUGUUUAAGUCGAAGGAUGUGCGCAACCUGUACUACCAGUUUAACCAGAAAGUGAUGAAGUACGUGCACUUUUCGGACGAGGUGAAGCGGGAAGCGCAGGAGCUGUACGCACUGAUCAACUACGGCGAGAUGCGCCGGAAGGUGCCGUUCCAGAACAAAAAGUACUUCCACAAGCUAAAGGAUCUGGUCUACAACGGAUUUACGACGGUGCGCGAGAAGGGUAAAAACAUUCGCAUCAAAACACCCUCCUGUCGGGCACUGCGGAAGCUAAACCAGCUGGAAGAGUGGCAGGAAGAGAUCAAGCUACCACCGCGGGUCGAUGUGCUGCUGAAGCCGGCCACCGUCGAGGCGUGGGGCCGCGUACAGUCGUUGGCGCAAAAUCCGCGCGUACGCAUCACCGUCACGAUACAGAAGCGACUGUCGGCGCUGCUGCAAAUGUUUCAGCAGAAAUGGCGCGCCCAGGAUGUGCGGCUCGGUGAGCGGUUGGACGAGAUGAAGCGUACGUCGGCGACCGUAUCGUCCAAGCUGUCGCGCCAGCGAAUGCAGCACGAGAUACAGCUGUUUACGCCGGCGGAUGCAAAGGACGGCGUACGGAUGGUCGGACUGCCCGUGUUGCGGUUCGUACCGGCCCAGAACGUCGUCAUCCAUCGGCCGAUGAUCAGCUUGACCGACUUCCAAAGUAACACCAGCAUCUGUCUCAAUUCAUACGAGCAGCGGAUCGGGGUAAAGGUGCCGGGCGAAACGUUGUGCGUCGCAGAGAAGCCGGCCGCUUGCAAGGACCGCAUUACGGGCGCGGGCCGGCGCCAGCGUACGGACAGUGGUUCGGAGAAGGUGGGCAACGAAAGCAAAAAGCCGAAGUUCGACGACGGUGGCAAAGAGCCGCACGAGGAGAAACCGUUCGUCGAGCUGCUGGUACAAAACGGUGCCUUUAGUGAGCAGUUCAAAUCACCGAACGCUUCGAACGAGUCGACCGAGCUGAAGGACUUUCUCGGCAGCGAAGUCCACCGGCAUCAUUACGCUCCGUUGCGGUCGACGGACUCGGAUGCGCUGGUCGCACGGCAAAGCGAUAACUCGUGCGAUGGAUUUGCGCUGAUGGAUGGUGAUAUGCUGCUGGGCGCACGGUACCAACCGGAUACGGCCGAAAGUUCGGCGGGUGAGGAAGCGAUCAAGGGUGGCGGAAAUGGGGGGCUAUCCAGCAGCACCACGACGACCACCAUCACGAACACGACCGUCACUACCAACACCACCACUACCACCACCAUCGUGACGGUGAAGAAGAAGAAGAAGUACCACCGACGAAAGGCUGGCGACGCGAGCAAACCGAACGGGACCGUGCCCGCGAUGAACCACUUCCGGCCGCUCGUGUCGGAGGAACAGAUGCAGCGGAUCCGGGAUGGGUGGACGCUCGACAGCGUGGGUGAUCUUACGGUCGGCGAUCUGUACAUCAUGUUCGGGGUCGAGAUGAAGGUCGAGCUGGAGUACGAUUGGGUUCGGGAGGAUCGUGCCACUGCGGCGGCGACGGUGGCACAAACCGUGAAGGAGUGUGUACCGACUGCGCCGUUGGUAAUGAAGGAAGAGGGUGGCGAGCAUUCCGAACAGCCAAUGGAUGAAGGUAAGGCAAAACCAACGGUCGUUCCGGAACCGACCGCGCCUGAACCUACAGCAAUGGAUGAAGAAGAGGUAGCGGCGGCUACUGUGAAGGAGGAUGUUAAGGAACAGCCACCCGCACGGUGUCCGGUCGAUUCGAUUAGCCGUCGAUUGAAGAGCCUACUGUUUUUGGCCAGCUUGGAGAACAACAAUGCAAAAAAGCGUACCGGUCAUGGUGGUGCGGCAGACCGGAAACCAAAGCGUGCUGAAAAUGAUGGCGGCAUUCAAUCGACACAAGACGACUGUCUGCAGUUUAAACACCCGAUGCUGCCCGUGCGCAUCAAUCACCUUGUGCCGGAACUUCACGUCCCUCCCCGCUACAAGCAAUCGCGCUGGUGGCGAUCACGGGUCAAUCGGCAGCACGCGCAUCCGUUGCUUCCGAAUAUGGUACGCACGCCACCAUCCGCAACAGUUACCUCCUCAUCCGCCUAUACGGCCGGUUCCCGUGUAGCUCCUCCGGCCAUGCCCCCGGCAGCUGUGAUCCCGAGCGCGAGUGAGCCUGCGAACGUCCCCCCGACGCAACCAAUCGCCCAACCGUCCGCCAAACCACCACCGCAGCCAGCUGCAGCAGAUGAGAGUGCAAACCUAAACUUAACGCUCAACCGCACCAGCAACAACCUCGUGUCGAUCCCAGCGGUCGAGAGCGACUCCAGCAAGAGCAAUACUAAUAGAGAUACCAAUCCAACGUCUUCCAACCGGCCACGGACCGGCCAUGAUUUGUUUGCGGUGCUUAGCCCGGUGAAGAACCAGAGCGCAGAGCUAUCGAUAAGCGAUCUGAGUCUUAGCAUUUUUGACCUCUCGCUGCCAUCCAGUUCAUCCUCCAUGAUGGCGAACCUGUUCCCGGACAUCGUACCUUCCGGCAGUGGUACAUCCGCCGCGUUGCUACCCCAGGAAACCGGAGAUGAGAAAGAGAGCGAAGUGAACCUGAACGAUCUGUCGCUGUCCAGCAUCCUGAACAGCUUUGAACCGUUUCCAUCCUCGAUCCGUAGCUUCCCACCGACCGAUCCGGAUGUGGACAUGUCAGUGAUGAGCGAAAACACCGUCGAUUACAUCGCACGCUUUCAGGACAUUGCGGACGAGUUGCGGGCCCAGCAGCUUCCCUAGUCUACGGGGUACGACGGUGUUUGGAUGCAUCGUUUCGCAAGCACGCUGGACUGUUACUUGAACGAAUCUCACCAUCGACGAGCGCAGCAAGCUUUAGCAUACGUUCCGUGGCAAGGCAGGUGGGUGUCAUAGAUAGGGGACCCGCCCAAGGGUUAGGUGCUGGGGACGUUAAGACAAACAAUGGACAUUACAAACCUCACUAACGUUAUACACAACAAUUUAGGCUUUCCUCACUAAGUAUUGGGACAGGUGAACUAGUGUAGAACGGUUGUAGCCCGACACCUCCGACUCAAGUAAGAAGAACAACCGUUAUAUUAAGCUUUCCCACUACCCUAAGCAAUUACGUUGUUCAACUAAGUUCUACUUUCGUUGCUGGUAGCAACUUUUUCUGCUUUAACCAUACAUUGAGCUGUCCCUAAAGUAUUUUUGUUUUGUUUUCACAAAAACGCGUACAAGAGUAAACUUCAAGUUUUAUGCCGAAUUUUGAACUGUAAGAUUAAGGUUACGGGUAGAGUUAAAUUGAUCGAUUCACGAUUGAAUGAAAUCCUUUCCCUUCAUAAGUUUCGUCUGCAGCGUUAUUCAUGUUCCUUGCUCUUAAAUCUUCUGACUAAAAACCUGACUUGCUAACUUCACUUAACCGGGAAUGAAAUACGUAAAGCUGCACAUAUCCACCGGCAGUAACGAAGUCGAUCUGUUCGUUGCCACUAUGGGAAAAUAAUAGGACACCACAAGCCUAACCGGAUAAGGGGUUAGCUAGCACUAGCCGCUGGAAACAAAAAACCAUUUUGGCUAAGUUGGCGUGAUUAACUCUUGAAUUAAAGUAUUACUUAAGGGAAGUGGCUUGUAAUAAGGGAAACUUAUGCCUAACAACUAGGUAUCAGAAUAGCUAUGUACAAGGUAGACCCAAGAGACCUGUAUAUCGGACGCAGAGCCAAAUAAUACGGUUACGGUUAGAGUGCGCGCGAGAGAGAGAGAGAGAGAGAGGUUGGUUAGUAGGCGUACCUGAUGCUGUAUGGUACGUACAACCAAAGCCUUACAAGGGCCAGCCCGUCGGAGGCGAUCCCAUAAAGCAAUCGGUAGAAGUUAUGAACACGACAGGACCCAUACAAAACACACACACACACAAUAGUAUUCAACAGCGGCUCAUUACACAAAACUCAAACAAGAUGAGUAUUCAGGGAUGAGAUCAGGGCCUUCCGGUUGUGUGGCGGUGUGCCAUCGAAUGUAUCAGAGGGGGGGAGCUACUGUUAUUUUGUUGCGCUCUGCGCUAGGGACUCUGUUAAGGCGUUUAUCAACGUUGUUAAUCGACACUGUUCGAUGCUUCCAUGGCACGGAACGGAGACGAAUGUUACACGGUCCUUUCCGCUGUGCUUUACCGCGUAACAGGAUGGCAGCAAAAACCAUGACACAGAAUCGAGCAAAACUGCAAAUCACGUUGAUCGGCUCGAAGUUACAAACUUCGGCAGAUGGAAAGUAUUACGUAUGAUAACGUUUACGUUGCUGAGAAGGAAGCAAAGCUGGGGUGCGUUUCUUUAUCAUUUAAAUGUUUCUCAAACAAGUUAAACUGUUUACUUCCAAUUUAAGUUAGUUUAGGUGUUUAGGUGAUGUAGUUUUUUUGUGUUUUCGAGAUUAUACUUGCAAUUAUACGCUUCACAUUAAACUAGCUAUUCGCUUGUUUAUUAGAUUCGAUAAAAUACGAAACACUAAAGGUCAGUUGUUUCGUAGCAAACGCACAACAGAACGGCGAACCAAUCCCUGGAAUGUAACAUGUAUCAAAGUUUCAAAACCCUUCCCGGCAAACAAAUCAAAUCAAAAAAUCAAACGAACAACCGUUGUUGGUUACGCCUACCUCGUAGGGGGGGGGGACUAGCCGAUGGGAACCGGUGACGAAGGAAACCAAACUUUAAAAGUUAUUCAUUGCCGCCUUCCAUUUGUUUCGCAUUUUGUUUGCAUUGCUUCUGUGGUCAAUUGUUGACGGUAAACGCACCUUUAAACCAGGUAUGUCAGACGUUAUGGUCCUUGCCACUUCUGUAGGAAAUCUUACAAUGAGUCAGGGUACACUAAUUGCAGGGACAAGCAUCGCUCAAGAAUUGGUCCAAGUGCCAUCAGUUUUGCGUUACAGCGACUACUAACAAUGAGAUACGGUAAACUUGGAAAACAAUGGACAGAUUUCAUGGCGGACCCAGCAUCAAGGACAGUAGCUCAGACAUACCUGCUUUAAAUUGGCUGCAUUAUUCUCGCCUUGCUAGGCCACACGGCCUAGGUCGAAUGAGUUUCGUUUCGUUCGAACCUUAGCUAGUUUAGUAGGGACGAUAUUUCUAUAAAACAAACACAAAACUACUACUAAGGAAUAUACCACGAGCGAACAAAAAAGAACAAUGUACAGAAACCAUUAUUACGGAACUACUAAAUACAAACCUCUCCCCCA